AUGAUCGCAUAUGCACCCUCUCCGCAAGAACAUGACGACGAGGAGACGCGCGGCCGUGCCAGCUCCAGCGACUCGAAUCAAACAUCCAAGCGAAAAGCGUCAUUCGACGAAGAAGAGUACAUGAGAGCCAACCCGGAGCUCUAUGGUCUACGCCGUAGUCGACGCCCCCAACCGCAAAUCAAACUGGCCGAAUCUGAAUCGGAAUCUGAUGCCGAGCCCGUUAGACGUCGUCAAGUCAAGAGGCGACGCGUUGACAACUCUCAAACGUCCUCCAAGCGAGCGACACCGGUAAUGCAACUGUCCACUAACGACUCCGACUCCGAUUCAGAUACCUAUGGUGGUGCACGAGCAAAGAGCCAAAUCAAGCGAGCUCGGCGACGGCUCGAGGCUCAACCAGCCCUCGCUCUCACGGAGAAGCGCUGGUCCAGCCGACGAGCCGCUCAGCAAGUCCAGCAAGGAGCUUACGACGAAGAGAGUGAUGCCGAGGAAGAAGAAGAAGAUGACACCGAAGUCGGCCAGGGCUAUUACGUUGCCGACUAUGUCGAUGACUCCCCCUACGUCGAAAAGGUCAUUAAGCAUCGUAUCAAAGACGAUGCUUCUCUUGCAUACGACUCUAGCCGACAUGACUUUGAAUAUUUCAUCAAAUGGCAAGGCAAGUCAAACUUGCACGACACGUGGGAGACAAUUGAAUCUCUUCGCGAUGUGCGUGGUUUCCGCAAAGUCGAAAACUACUUCCGAAAGCUUGUCGAGUAUGAGCUCGACAUUCGUUUUGGUGAGGAGAUGCCACCUGAGGUUAAGGAGCAAUAUUUCCUCGACCGUGAGCGUGACGAAGAAGCCUUUGAGGACUUUACGAAGGUGGAAAGAGUUGUCAAUGUUCGCGAUGGAGAAGAAGGCACCGAGUAUUUCGUCAAAUGGAAGGGCCUCACCUAUGAAGAAUGCACCUGGGAGGCCGCUUCGGAAAUAAGUGCUCAGUUCCAAGACAAGAUUGAUCAGUAUCUUGACCGUGCAUCGAGAUCCUGGCAGUCGGACCGCAAGGAAACGAACCUGGACACACGUUCUAGAAUGACGAAACUCGAUGCCCAGCCUGAUUAUAUCCAGAAUGGCGAGCUGCGGUCCUUUCAGCUUCGUGGACUCAACUUCCUCGCCCUCAAUUGGUGCCGAGGCAACAACGUCAUUCUUGCCGAUGAAAUGGGUCUGGGCAAAACGGUGCAGACUGUCUCGUUUCUCAGCUGGCUGCGCAACUGCCGCAAGCAAGAAGGUCCCUCGUUGGUUGUCGCCCCUCUUAGCGUUAUCCCGGCUUGGUGCGACACGUUCAAUAAUUGGUCACCGGACAUGAACUAUGUCGUGUAUUUGGGUCCCGAAGAUGCACGCAACAUAAUUCGCGAAAAUGAGUUGCUUGUUGAUGGCAAUCCGAAGAAACCCAAAUUCAAUGUUCUCGUCACAUCGUACGAGUUCAUUCUUCAAGACUGGCAAUUUCUUCAAUCCAUCAAGUUUCAGGUGCUAGCAGUUGACGAAGCCCAUCGUCUCAAGAAUCGUGAGUCGCAGCUUUACGCACGUCUGGUUGGCUUCGGCAUUCCCUGCAAAGUACUCAUCACCGGCACGCCCAUCCAAAACAAUCUGUCCGAGCUUGCUGCACUUUUGGACUUCUUGAACCCAGGCAAAGUCAACAUUGAUGAAGACCUCGACACACUUUCCGCAGUUGAUGCCCAAGAAAAGCUUCAAGAGCUUCACUCCGCUAUCGCGCCCUACAUUUUGCGUCGCACCAAAGAAACUGUGGAAUCUGACCUGCCACCAAAGACAGAAAAGAUCAUUCGUGUUGAGCUUUCCGAUGUUCAGCUGGAUUACUACAAGAACAUCUUGACAAGGAACUAUGCUGCGCUUGCCGAUGCCAGCAGUGGUCACAAGAACUCAUUGCUGAACAUCAUGAUGGAGCUCAAGAAGAUCAGCAACCACCCUUACAUGUUUCCUGGCGCUGAAGAGCGAGUUUUGGCUGGUAGCGUCCGCCGUGAAGACCAAAUCAAGGGUCUCAUCACAAGCAGCGGAAAGAUGAUGCUCCUGGAUCAAUUGCUUUCGAAACUGAAGAAGGACGGCCAUCGUGUUCUCAUCUUCAGUCAGAUGGUCAAAAUGCUUGACAUCCUCGGCGACUACAUGUCUCUACGUGGCUACAAAUUCCAGAGAUUAGAUGGCACGAUUGCGGCAGGCCCAAGAAGAAUGGCCAUCAACCACUUCAAUGCCGACGAAAGUGAAGAUUUCUGCUUCUUGCUUUCUACUCGUGCGGGUGGUCUGGGUAUCAACCUUAUGACAGCGGACACUGUCGUCAUUUUUGAUUCCGAUUGGAAUCCCCAGGCUGACUUGCAGGCCAUGGCCCGAGCCCACAGAAUUGGUCAGAAGCGCCCAGUCAACAUCUAUCGCCUUGUCUCGAAGGAAACUGUCGAAGAAGAAGUCUUGGAACGUGCUCGAAACAAGUUGCUGCUAGAGUACCUUACCAUCCAGGCUGGCGUCACCGAUGAUGGCAAGGCCGCAUUUAAGGAAGAGCUCAACAAGAAAGGUAUCAAGGUUGAUGGACCGUCUUCGAACGAGGACAUUCAGAUGGUACUGAAGAUGCGCUCGUCCAAGAUGUUUGAGCAGAGCGGCAACCAGAAGCGUCUUGAACAGCUCGAUAUUGAUUCUAUCCUUGAGAAUGCAGAAGUCACUAAGACCAAGGUCGAUGACAAGAUCAACUUGAGCAGUGGAGGCAUCGAUUGGGACAACUUCAUGCAAAUCACGGAUGUCAAGGUGGACGACAUUAACCUUGACUGGGAUCAGAUCAUUCCGGCCGACAAGCUGGCAGAGAUCAAGGCUGAUGAAGAGAAGCGUCAGCACGAAGAUUAUCUUGCCAAGGUCGCCGCUGAGAGUGCACCGCGACGCGCCGCUAUCAAGAACCGUAAUCGGGAGUCUGAACGAGCCGAUCGCCUCAAGAAGCGACAGAGGGAACAACAGCAAGAGGAAGAAGAAGAACGUGCUCUGCGAGCCGAUCCCAAACGGCCCCUCAAUGACAAAGAGCAGCGCAACCUCAUCAAGGCCUAUUUCCGCUAUGGCUCCAUGGAUGAUCGACAAGAUGAUAUCAUUCGUGAAGCAAAGCUUGUCGAUCGCGAUGGCGAUUUUGUCAAGUCUGUUCUAGACGACUUCAUCAAAGCCGCACAGGCAGCUGUGGAUGACAAUCUCAACAGAAUGGCUGAGGAAGAGCAGAAGAUGGGUAAAACUUUGACGAAGAAGGACAAGAAGGCUGUUUUGAUCGACUUUGGUGAGCUGAAAAAGGUCAAUGCUGAAACAGCCAUCGAGCGACCAAAGCAGUUGCAGUUUCUUCGCGAUGCCAUUCGAAGUCAAACGGAUUGGAAAACAUUCCGACUUCCAGACGCAACCAAGGGCGCCAAUUACAGCUGUCCAUGGGGCGCCAAGGAAGAUGCCAUGCUUCUUGUUGGUAUCGACAGGCACGGAUUCGGUGCAUGGGUACCGAUCCGGGACGAUCCAGACCUGGAACUUUCAGAAAAAUUGUUUCUGGAGGAGCAUCGUGUUGGCAAGAAGGAAGAGCGAUCCAAGGCCAAUGACAAGUCGAAGGCCCCCGGCGCGGUGCAUCUCGUCCGACGCACUGAAUACUUACUUGCCGUCCUUCUUGCAAGACAAUCGAAUGAUCGCGCUGGCCCCAGGGCGGCAGAAGGCCACCGUGCAAAGAAGCAGUCUCUAUCCAAUGGCCACCGUAACAGCGCUGCUGCAUCCCCAAGUGCUCAGGGAGCGAAACGUCCCCGAGAAAAGGAGCGGGAUCAUGAUCGCGGAACCCCCCGGCCAGAACUCAAGCGCAAACAGGGCUCGCAUGAAGAUUCACGUAUUCCAAAGCAUCAUCGAGCCGAAGACGGGCGUCGCAACAGUAGGCCCGACGACAGAGGCGACAGGCAAGAAAAGCCUCGACGCCGAGAUGAUGAUGACCGUGACCGACGCCGUGAAAAACCUCGCCACAGAGAUGAUUAUCGCAGAGACGACUACCGUCGCGAUGAUCGACGGGAUGAUCGACGGGAUGACCGCCGUGACGACAGGCGGGAUGACCGCCGUGACGACCACCGCCGUGACGACCACCGGCGCGAUGACAGACGCGAUGACAGGCGUGACGAACGGCGUGACGACAGACAUGACAGACGUGACGACAGACGUGACGACCAUCGACGCGAUGACCAUCGACGUGAUGAACACCGACGCGAUGACCAUCGACGUGAUGAACACCGACGUGAUGAACACCGACGUGAUGACCACCGACGUGACGAUCGUCAUGGCGAGCGCGAGAGAAGCGACCACCAAGAGCACCGCCCCCUGGAUGAUAGGAGAGCAAAGGCACUUCGCCGGCUGGACGAGCUCAGGAAAAUUGGUGACAAUGCGGAUCUUCGCGAGCAGGACAAUGACGCCAUGAUCUGGUAUCUGCUCAAGCCCGUUCGAGAGAACUUUGAGCGGAUUCUGUCGACCACAAAGCACAAUGUUCCGUCGCACAAGGAGCGCGCGGCGAUUUUUUCAGUGGAGCUUGUGGUCAUUGGAACUUUCCUUGAUGAGAAGCUUUCAGCUACUGUUGCGGAUGGAGGACUGAAAGAUAAUUUCUGGGAAUUCCUGGCUGCUCUUUGGCCUGUCGAUGACACAAGCAAAAGCGUAACGGGCGAAAGACUCAGCAGCAUGUACAGACAAUUGUAUGCCCAUGAGAAGAAGAAAGGCGGCUCAGCCCGGCCGAGCACAAAUGGUGCCUAG